CGAAAGGAAGACUCGAAAAAUGACAGUAUUCGCAAUGACACGCCUCUGAUGGAAAAAACAUAUAAGCAAGCCUUUCAUCAAUAGCUUCUCUCUGUUGCCCCUCAAGAGAGUCAUCUCCCAAUCUCAUCCAUUGACCUCUCCCCCUUCUCUCGCCAUGUUAUCCCCUAUCUCCAAAAAAGCUUUCAUCUUUGUGACUGUCGCUUUUUCCGUGUUUGGUACUGUCCAAAGUGUGCCAUUCAAGAAGCGCAUCCAAUCCAAUGCUCCUGGCUGGGAUCCUCACUCAACGCCUUUCCCUACUGUUCGCCGGGGAGACGUGGUAUUCCAAUACCGUUCUGAUGCCGCAAAGGGCAAUGUCUCAGUUCCUGAUCCCUAUAAUUGGCUUGAAAAUUCAGAUGUUAGCAGUUUCAAGCAAGCUCAACUUGCAUUUACCAAGACAUAUUUGGACAAGUUGGAGGAUUUAGACGCUGUUCGUGCUGCAAUCAAGGAUGCAGGAUCAUCUGCUACACUUUAUGCACCAGUUCCAUAUGGCCCAAAAGAAGAUCCAACGUACUUGUACUCCUUCAAGGACAUAAACACAAAAUUCAGCCGCUCCUACAUUGCCAAACAAAAAGAGUUGGAUGAUGCUAGUCGUACAAAUUUUGCAAAAUUACCAGGCAAAGUCUUGAUCGAUGAUAGCCUUUUGGGUGGCAAGGUUACCUGGCAACAACAGAUUUCUCCAGACGGUACAAAGGUACUGUACAGCAUCGCCGACCCAGAUACGUACGCCAAUGUCAAGGUCUUUGUUCGUGAUGUUUCCAAUCCUUUGACAGACACGACGCAAAAAAGUCAAGAAGGCGGAUAUGGGCAUUAUCCAGAUGUGAUCACGGAUUAUUCACCUGGAACAGAGGUAUGGUCAGGUGACAGCAAAAGUUUCUUCUAUACGGGCUCUGAUAGAUCUAUUCGUUACCAUGUCUUAGGCUCGGAUGUCAAAAGUGAUCCCGUUUUACUCAAACCAAAUAAGGACAAAAAUGGUUACUUGUGGACAGAGGUUUCAGACGAUCAACAAUUCGUUUUUGUGUUCGGUUCAGCAGACUCAUUUAAUGGCAGAGGCUUUUAUGCUGCUUCGCUCGACCAAGAAAUUUCCGGUCCGAUCAAAUGGGUUCCUAUCUCAACCGAUUAUGCUUUCUAUUGGGAUUAUGUAACAAGUGUAGGCAACGAUUUAUACCUUGAUACUACGAAAGGUGCACCAAAUCAUCAAAUUGUUCGGGUUACACUUGAUCUUACCAAAGCAGUACUAACGAACGAUCUCAGCAUCUUUACUCAAGGUGCUGAGUCCGUGACAGCUGUUCCACAGAGGCCUGACGCGAAGGUGACAAAUUUCGCAUCAUAUGAUAACGACAAGGUAUUGAUUACCUACAAUAAGGAUGACGCUACCGAAGUGUUUGCUUUCAGUCUCACGACGGGUGCUCAACUUCAACAAUUAGCGUUGGAUAUACCAUCCACCUCUACUUUGCUCCAGGCAUAUCCGUCAAGCACAGACGUAUACGUGCAGUUCUAUACUCUCAGUUCACCAAGCAAAUUUUACCAUCUCAAAUGGGAUCACGCCAAAAAUCGCUUCUCCUCUCAAUUGGCAUAUCAACAAACAAAUGGGGUCAUUGAUCCGGAAGAUUACGUCGUUCAACGUCAAACGGCACCAAGCAAGACAGGCAAUGUUCAAAUUCCAUUCUACGUCCUUCAUCGUAAAGAUUUAAAACUUGAUGGCUCUCAUCCUGUGAUUAUCAAUUUCUACGGUGCUUAUGGAUUAAACUGGGAUACAGUCUAUGAUGCAAAACACUUUGCAUUUGUGCAUCUCUACAAUGCUGUCUACGUCCUUGCUGCUCCUCGUGGCGGAGGUGAAAAGGGAGAAGACUGGCAUAGGGCUGGGCAAUUUAACAAUAAACAAAAUACGUUUGAUGAUGUCAUUUCUGUUGCUCAGUUUGCAAUUGAUCAAAAAUGGACAAGUCCUGGAAAAGUGAUUCUCAACGUUGCUUAUGCUGGAGCAUCAGCGUCUGCUGCAAUUGUCAAUCAAGCACCCGAAGGUCUCUUUGGUGCCUACACUGGCUAUUACGGAAUAUAUGAUUUCUUACGUUUGGACCAAUCAAGUAUCAAAGCAACUCUUAUUGCCGAAUAUGGUGAUCCUUCUGACCCGAAGGCGUUUGACUGGUUACGUAAAUUUUCACCUUUGCACAACAUUGAUCCUCGCAAAGCGUAUCCGACGAUUCUCAUUCAUCCACCUGCUGAUGGCUCAUCAACCCCGUCUUGGCAUAGCUACAAGUACAUUUCUGAGCUGCAAUAUCAAUUACCCAACAAUCCAAGCCCGCUUCUGUUAGGCGAUGCAAAUGAUACCGAAGAAGAUCGUUAUGCUACUGAUUUUGCCCUUGCUGCUCAUACGAUUGGCUUCAAACUUGUAAAGUGA